AUGUUUUGGCAACGAAAAUGUAUGAUGAGCCCCAGGCUGGGCUCCUGCAUGGCGGGUAUUUUCACCAUUUUCAUCACUAUCCAGUCCCUCAUUCUUGACUUGAACCAGACAUCUUCCUUUGGUAAGGAACCUAACAAAUUCAACAUCUACGAGGAGCUCCAAGGAGUGACCCUCUGGACUUUCACUCACAAGAAUAACAUCACCAUCUUCUUGUCCAUCACCACCCUCCUGGCUAGUUGCUUCCUCCUCUACUCUGUGCACAUGAAACUCUACCUGGGCCUCCUCGUUUACAUCCUCUGGAUCAUCAUUUAUGAGAUCACCUGCUUCUCCCUAAUCCUGCUCAUCACUCAGGUCAUCCAGCCUCCCUUUUUGCCAAUAAAGUACUACCUGUGGAUUAGCCAAAUUUCCCGUAUGAUCUUCCAUGCCUUCUGGCUACCCUUUGUGGUGACCUAUGCUUACAAUCUCUUUAAGGGCCCAUACCACUUGGCCAAGAAAAGUCCCCGUACCAAACUGUACUCUGAUGCUGUAUCAGAAUCCUGGUCCCAUAUGGGAAUGAACCAUGAGAGAAAGUUCACCUGAUCUUUGUUAGGAGAAAGGAAGAGAGGGAAGAUCUCUAAUCCUGGAUUUCUAGCUCUCCCUACUUUCUACCCUCCAAUUCCUGAUCCUGAUGCCUUCUGUCGAUGCUGAUUCUUGUUGCAAGUUAUUGGGGGGUCCUUUUUUUCCAAGCAAGAGGUUGUUCUGCAGGCAAAAUUUGGGGGGGAGGAGGGAAAUGGGGAGAGGAAGAGUUUGC